UAGGCUGCAGCCUUCGGAAGACCAUGUAAUUUCGCAGGCUCAUCCGUUUUGUCCUCGGCGCUCUGGUCACCUAUUCAAUAGUAAAUUAUGUUGAAAAAUAGCCUGUUCGUACGCCUACUGUGGAUAUUAUUUGAAAGUGCCUAGAAUGGGAUUUUUUACGUUUUAUUGGUCAAAUUCUGUGCCACGUUUUACUCGCCGCAACAGAUCUCUCAAACGCACGGAAUUGCCUGGGAGGCAACAGUCGACCGAAAACCUUGGAGUAGACGCGAUGGAGAAUAUAAUCUAAAGAGGAACACAUGGGAAAAGAAAAUAAGGAAUAGGAGGGUACCGUACAUAACGACAGAUAUUGUUCAUAAACGCAGCAUAUCUUUUUAAAAUGUGAAGUGGCCAGAAUCAGAGAAAGUCACGAAUUUUAUUCGGGUUUUAAAUUAGGCAUUUUGAUUAAUUAAUGUUGUGCUUUGUAUAGUCAUAUCCAAUAAUAUAUCGGAAUGUAGUUUAGUAGGGUAUGUAUACGACCACUGCUAUAAUAACACAUGGUAAAAAGUUAGAUAGGCCUAUUGUAAAGUCAUUUCUACAUGCCUUCUUGGCCAAUCACCCUUAAUUGUUGUGUAUGGAAUGACCUGUUAUCCUGACCUGUAGGGAUUAGUGUCACCAUGCACGAGUGAAUUGGUAUGAACAAGAACAAAAAUGUAAUGACUAAGUACGUCUACUGUAAGUCCUCUGGAUAAGUGCAUUUGCUAAAUGACAAAAAUGUCAUGUAAAACAUCAAUUAUCAUAAGUGUUGUGGAAUGAUGUUUAUUUUUGCAAAUAUAACACUUUCUUAUGUUGAAUAGUGCAUUGCAUCUCUCAAACUCAUUGCACAAUUAUCUGUCUUCCAUGAAAUGCACAAAUUCUAUCAGACACACUAAUGUUGUCUUCUACUUUCUGAGCCUAAACUCAACAUGUCUUCCUGAAAAAUCUCAUCACAAAGAAUCAUAUCAGCUGCUAGUCUAUUUACCACGUUGCUUUUUUCUGUGUGCACUCAGUCUCAUUGCCAACCAACGCGUCCAGAUUAUAAAUAGUUGAACAAAAGCUUUGAACGAGCAACCCGGGAUACUGAAACCUAAGACGCAGGGCAUUAUUUCUUCAUCGUUGGUAACUGAAUACGGUUGUGUGGAGACUGUGGAUUCUGUAGACUAUCAGCUGGACAGGCACCAGUCUGAUUUAGAACGGAGGCCGGUGAGGUAAGGAGGAGGCUGCUUAUUCCUGACGCUGAAGGGGCACUGACAAGGACGCAGCCUAGAGCUGACAUCCACCUCACCUGGCCACUCGCCCCACUCUCCCCCCCCACCAGAGGGACACCCCGUAGGCCGAGCACCAGCUGAAGAGGAGGACUAAAAAUGUACUCUGUCUGUGCGCUGCGCCUCGCCAGAAGAGGUCCUGCCUCAGAUCUCCUCCCCCAGACUGGUUGAGACGCUCCAGUUGUGUUUUGAUACUUUUCGCUUGAGUUUUUUUUUUUACUCAUCCUCACUGGAGUGAGAGAGUGAAGACAUUUUGAAGACCCAGAGGUUUUUGCUGUGGGAGCAACUUUACUUGGAGUAGCUGCUAAUAGACAGAGACCUACGGUCUUUCUUUGUCUUUCCCUGUCUGUGGUGUUUGUGGUGUGUGUGUGAGAGUGCUUGCCGGUUGGCAUCGGUGAGAGCCGUCUCCCUUCCCUCUGCCAGGAUGUCUGCAGUUCAGCUGCUGCUGGUCCCGCUGGCGCUGUGGGCUCUGCAAGCGUCUCUAUGCCAUGGAGCGUGUGUGGAGGUGGACUCUGACACUGACGCAGUGGUCAACGAAGGCUUUAAACUGGGCUGUAUCUCCUGUAAGAUGAGGGGCGAGGUGCCCGCCGAGGCCACUGUUGAAUGGUCCUUCAUGCCCAAAGGGGAGAGCGAGUUCACAAAAAUCUACAGCUACGAGGAUCUAAUGAGCGACAUCCCGGAUGAGCGCUUCUACGAGCGUCUGGACUGGAACGGCAGCAAGAAGACCAAGGACCUGCAGGACGGCUCCAUUUACAUCCUGAACGUGACGUGGAACGACACGGGCACCUACCGCUGCAUCUUCAACCGCACCCUCACCUUCACCUCCUACGAGUUCCACACCAACGCCACCAAGAUCGUCAACCUCAACGUGGUGCCAAGACUGACCAGGGGGAUAGCGUCCAUCUUGUCUGAGGUGAUGAUGUAUGUGACCAUCAUUGGGCUGCAGGUAUGGCUGGUGGUAGAGAUGAUUUACUGCUACAGGAAGAUAUCAGCACAAGGCGAGGAAGCAUUGAGAGAGAGCGCGGCGGAGUACUUAGCUAUAGCUUCGGAGAGUAAAGAGAACUGUGCAAUGGUGGCAGUGACAGAAUAGCACUGGUUAAAGAAUGGCUCCAAACGACGAAUAGCUCUCGAUAGCCCUUCAACACUCCUCCACUUCACCCUUUCUUCCAGACUUCCAUUAUGACACCAACGCAUUACCCCAUCCAGGAGGACAAGCAGCCAAGAGGCCUGUCCAGAGAACAGAUGGAUGAGAAGUGAAACAGCCAAUGAAAAAAAGGACUUCACUGUAUUUAAAAGCAAAUUUACAGCACGAGUGUACUAUCUAGCAGUUCUAUAAUAAAGAGAGUUGUAAAUACAGUAUGUAUGCUUAGUUACGCAAUCCAAAUCUUCAUUGUAACACUCCUACAUUAUAAUAAGUUAGUUCAUACAUAGCAUUGUAGAUUAAGUAGAGCUGCAUGUUUACUGAUACAUCAUAACUACUGGCGUUAAUGUUUCUAAAGGUCAUUUUCAGGAUUCUAAAGUGUGCUUGUACGAAAGCAAUUAGAGGUCAGAACUCAACUGCAAUCUUGCCCAAUGGUUUUAGUAGCCUGUCUUGAUCAGACCUUCCAUGGCUAUUUAUGAGCAGAUCCAGACUAGCCUACCGGUAUAUUCAAAAACAUUCCAAGAAAACUUUAAGUUAUGCAUUCGGGUUAAUGAAACGAGUAUCCCGAGGAGUAGUAGCCUAACACACGGUUGACUAGCUGGGAGUAAUGGAUUGUACACAUCCAGAGCAGCUAUUCCUGGUUUGACAGCAUCUGUCCACCUGUUAAAAGGUUAAAGCAUAAAUGUUCUAGUAAUGUUAGACGUUUUUUUGGGGACGUGGAUAACUCUCUCAAACUCCAAAAGUACAUUUAGCACAUUAGGAUCAGGGCAAAUUCACUAUCCAGUAUAGGACUCAUGUCUGCACAUACAGUAGAUAGAGAAGGACUGUAGCUAACUAUCUAUCAACGCUAGGGAACCAUUUUCACGUGACCGGUUAGUCUCAUUGAGAUUUUGCGAGUGAAACGGAUGGUUGUGAUUUGAUGUACAUUCAUUUGGACAUCAGCUUGUGAGGGUUGCUUGUCAGACGAUUUAAGGUAAUCAACAUGGUCAAUUCCUCACAAAGCUAUAAUUAUCCAUCAAUGUAUCCUUCUAGAAAGUGUCACAUUAUAGCAGUGCCAGUUAAAAAUGUUUAAACUAUCGUUCUACCGUUGUGACUGGAAACCUCAAUAUGCAACAUCCAGUCAUAUAUUUAUUACAGUAUAAUUGCAUUCUCUCCAUAUUUCAUUAAUGCUUUAUUUGCUAGAUUUUCCUUACCAUAUUUACAACAACCAAGGGCUUGUGAUAUUAGCUACCAUUUUACUGCCGUGGGAAACUACCAUAAUUUGUCCAGUGUGCCUAGAGGAGGAAUGUCUGACUGGUCAAAGACCAAUCCCCAUGGAGCAGAAUACAGUGAGCUGCUAUUGGAAAAAAACGGACAUCCCUGUCAUUCUUAUUUGGCAGUCAAUUCUGUAUUAUACCUCCAGGGGCAGCAUAACACUGCCUAAUGUGGACCGCAAUCUUGCACACAUACUUUCUUGUAUAAUUUCAUUGGGAUCUGGGUUUAACUACUAAGGGGUCUGGGUUUGCUACAUUUGAAGUACGGAAAAGUGAAAGAAUAAUAGGAUUGUUAUUGCAUGAUAACUGCCACACGUGAACAAAUUCAUGUUCAAGAUAAUGAAUUAUUCAAAAUUCCCUUUAAAAACCUUGAAGCUGAUUUGGUCAGAUUAGAGAUUCUAUUCACCUUUCACGGAACUUCUACAUUCAAUAGCGGAAUAUAUGUUGGAAGAAAACAGGCUUAGAAUAGGGAAUAAUCAACUUCUGCUGUAAUUUAAAAUGUUCACUGAAGAGAGCUGAUCCAGUAUACACUACUGUUGAAAUGUUGCUUGCCGAAACGGUCAGCUUUAUACCAUAAUACAAUUGUCAUGUGAGAAUGGAGUAGGCUUUAUGUCUGGUUUAUUAAAUCAAAACAAUUUC